AUGCCUGAUCCAAACCGACCAGCGAACAACCUUUUCGAUCGUGAUUUGCAACGAGAAACACACUUUGAUACUGUCGAAUUGGGGACAUUUGUUCAGAUAAAUCUUCCGCAGUUGAUUCCAGAACAACGCAUUGCGUAUGACAGAAUUAUGCGUGCCAUUACAGAACAGAGUGGUGGACUAUUUUUCCUACAUGCGCCUGGUGGUACAGGGAAGACUUUUCUUCUUUCACUCAUUCUGGCAACCAUACGAUCACAAAAUAAUAUUGCACUGGCCAUUGCAUCAUCUGGAAUUGCGGCAACUCUUUUGGAUGGUGGCCGAACAGUGCAUUCAGCAUUGAAACUGCCGUUGAAUUUGCAAAACACUGAGACACCAACAUGCAACAUCAGUAAAAACUCUGGAAUGGGCAAAUUACUCCAAACGUGUCAAAUUAUCAUAUGGGACGAAUGUACAAUGUCUCACAAGAAAGCAUUGGAAGCAAUUGAUCGUACACUGCGAGAUUUGAGAGGAAACGAACAGAUCUUUGGUGGCGCACUCAUUUUAUUGUCUGGUGAUUUUCGACAAACGCUGCCGGUUAUACCACGUUCAACACCCGCUGACGAACUUAAUGCAUGUCUCAAAUCAUCAGUUUUAUGGCGCCAUAUACAGAAAUUGAUUUUGAAAACCAACAUGCGUGUACAACUACAACAGGAUGCAUCGGCUGAAAAUUUUGCAAAACAAUUGAUGGAUAUUGGAAAUGGGCGAGUGCAAAUUGAUGAAUCUACGCAAUGUAUCACCUUGCCAGCAAACUUCUGUAAGAUCACAAAAAGCAUAGAUGAAUUGGUGCAAAAAGUUUUUCCAAACAUUGCACAAAGCUACAAAAAUAUUCAGUGGCUCAGUACGCGUGCUAUAUUAGCAGCCAAAAAUAUCGAUGUCAAUACCAUUAACUUCAAUAUUCAGAAUGGAAUACCUGGCGAAACAACAAUAUAUAAGUCCAUCGAUACUGUGGUGAAUCAAGACGAAGUUAUCAACUAUCCAACUGAAUUUUUGAAUUCGCUUGAUUUGCCAGGCAUGCCACCGCACGUUCUUAUAUUGAAAAUUUGCGUACCCAUCAUUCUUCUUCGAAACAUAAAUCCACCACGACUUUGUAACGGAACCAGACUCUCAGUCAAGAAAAUGAUGAACAAUGUUAUCGAGGCAACAAUUUUGACUGGAAAAUUCAAAGGUGAAGACGUACUGUUACCACGUAUCCCAAUGAUCCCAACAGAUAUGCCAUUCGAAUUUAAACGUUUGCAGUUUCCGGUGCGACUCGCUUUCGCAAUAACUAUCAACAAAGCACAAGGACAAUCGUUGCAAGUAUGUGGAUUGAAUUUGGAGAAUCCAUGCUUCUCACAUGGGCAGCUCUAUGUGGCUUGCUCACGCGUUGGAAAACCUUCUGAUUUAUUUGUUUACGCACCAGAUGGAAAAACAAGAAAUAUUGUGUAUCCCACAGCCCUUCAAUAA